AACCCCACUGGCAGCCGUGUUGGGGAUCCUGAGAAUCUUCUGGUGCAGCUCCAGUGUUCCCUUUGGGCUCUCCCUCCACCAAACUGCCCGAUUUGGGUCUGUGGAGUCCCCCGGGUCUGCUGCUCAGGGGCGGCCCAACAUCGACACCACGCUCCCUAGGGGCCAGUCAAGGAAGCUUUCAGGCAGCUAAGCCCUGGCGCACGGGCCUCUUAGUCCACAGCCCCAGGCGCCUCCUGUCACCAAGACUUCAUUAUACUGCUAGGUUAACGAGGCCUGCUCCGGAGACCCUGAGGACCUCCCUGCCACAUUCCACCCUGCAGGGCACAGAUGGCAACUCUUGCAUAUACUAAGGUGUGCUAGCCUCUGAGUGGGUGUGAGUGGUCUCUCCGUGCCCCUGGCAAUUAUGGACGUCUGUAUCCCCGGCGUGUGGUUUGUGUGUGUCCAUUUGUUCCCUGGGUAUGUGAGGUGUGUCCACCUGAGCCCCAGGUGUGUCCGACUCUGUGUCCGGGUGUGUGUCUGUGCCCCGAGUGUGUCUAUAUCUGUCGGGUUUGUUCACUUCCCGCUCCCCAGCUCCCAUCUGGGUAAUUUUGCCCGGAUGUGCCUCCGCCUGGGGGCGUUUCCGUGCGUCUCCGCCUGCAGGUAUGUGUGAAAAUCAGGAAGAGCCAGCGGGGAGUGUGUGUUGCUAUCGCGUCUCCGCCUGCAGGGGCGGGACCCCAGGAGGAGGGAGAGGACAGAGUCACUGGAGAAGACCAGACACUGGAAAAACGAUAUGGCAGGAGCCAGUCUUGGGGCCCGCUUCUACCGGCAGAUCAAAAGACAUCCAGGGAUCAUCCCGAUGAUUGGCUUCAUCUGCCUGGGCAUGGGCAGCGCUGCACUCUACUUGCUGCGACUCGCCCUGCGCAGCCCCGACGUCUGCUGGGACAGAAAGAACAACCCGGAGCCCUGGAACCGCCUGAGUCCCAAUGACCAAUACAAGUUCCUUGCAGUUUCCACUGACUAUAAGAAGCUAAAGAAGGACCGGCCAGACUUCUAAGCCAGGCUGGGCUGCCAGUGCCAUGCAAACCACGGACAGCCAGCCCAUCCACUUCUUCCACUCCUCCCCUCAGGCCCCAAGGCGUCAGUCUGGCCACCCUGUCCUGCUCCUGCUCACACAGGCUGGGUUCCCACGCAGAGGGGAGGCUGCUCCACCCCUACUCUCCUCCCUUGCUCCCAGCAGCGGAAGCGCCUCUGACCCUUGGCUUGAGUCCCACGUGGGGGAGGAGGAGGCAGGCAGCACCAGCAGGGGUCCAUCAAAAGAGCCCAGACUAGCCCCUCUGCCCUCCUACCCAGGCCUCGAAGGGUGUGGCACAGGCUACGUGUUGAGCGUGGCCUACGUGAGCCAACAAGAAGCAGGGACCUCUGAGUGCCAAGAGACGUGGCGGGCUCCACGUUCGCCCAGGCUCUGGGAGCCAGCCCAGGGGCGGUGCUGCUCAGCUCCGGCUGGUCCAGGGCCUGCCUAGGCUGGGGCAUCUUUUCCUCCUGAGGUGCAACGCACUCCUCCCUGCCCAAGCCCGCUGCCUCUCGCUGCCAUCAGUACCCCCUCCAGCCCCAUACCUGGGCCUCCCCUUGCUGCUCCCCUCCCUUGCUCCCCUCUGUCCCCAGGGAUCAAACAGAAGCAGCCGUGGGCAAAAUACAAUUUCAUUUAACAAAUUGAA